AUGCGCGCAGCGACGUUCUCGAUCCGUCGGGCGAGACGAACGCUUCAGACCUCGUCCUUCAGCUCAGCUGCGUCCUCUUCGUCGGGAUUUCACACCGCUGCAUACGUGGCUGUUGGUGGUGGCGCCGCAGCCGCCGUCGUGGCCGCGUACAACGGCGUCGUGCCGCAUGAGUGGGUCAUCCGGCAGCUGGCCGAGCCAAUGAUGCCCGUGGUGCGGAUGUUCGAGCCCGAGACGGCCCACAAGAUCGCCGUGCAGUGCGCACGCUUCGGUCUGACGCCCAAAGACCCGGAGACCGACCCAGAGCUGCUGCAUGUCCAGGUUCUAGGCCUGGAGUUUACAAACCCGCUGGGUAUCGCCGCCGGCUUUGAUAAAGACGGAGAGGCCAUGGAAGGGAUGCUGGACAUGGGCUUUGGCUGCGUUGAGAUCGGUAGUGUCACACCCAAAGCACAGCCAGGCAACCCGACACCCCGUGUCUUCAGAUUGCCCGAGGACAGAGGCGUCAUCAACCGCUAUGGGUUUAACAGCAAAGGACUCGAGCACGUCGGUGCCCGUCUCGAGAGAUACGUCAGCUCCCGUGUUAACCGCCAGGACGACGGCCAUCGGGCUGGCGUACUGGGCGUCAAUUUGGGUAAGAAUAAACUUACCGAAGACGCGGCGGCCGACUACGUGCAGGGCGUCCACGCGUUGGGCAAGUACGCCGACUACCUGGUCGUGAACGUGUCGUCGCCCAACACUCCGGGCCUCCGCACACUACAGGGCAAGAUCCAGCUGCAGAAGUUGCUGGAGCACGUGCUUAAGGCACGUGACGAAGUUGCAGACACCGAGAAGCGCACCAUUUCCCUACUAGUGAAGAUCGCGCCCGACCUGACAGAGGACGACAAGCAGGACAUCGCGGACGUGGCUCUUGCGCUCAAAUUGGACGGAUUAGUGGUGUCCAACACGACAUUGAGUCGUCCGGAUACGUUGAAGGGCGCUGCCAAGGGCGAGACGGGUGGACUCAGUGGCUUUCCUGUGCGUGACAUGUCAACCAAGGUGCUGGGCGACAUGUACAAGCUAACGAAGGGUAAGAUUCCGCUUAUCGGUGUUGGUGGCGUCUCUACGGGCCAGGACGCGUACGACAAGAUUCGUGCUGGUGCCUCGCUUGUGCAGAUGUAUUCGUGUCUGAUCUAUGAGAGUCCGCUGGCUGUGCCACGUGCCAAGAAGGAAUUGGCGGCACUGCUAAGUCGUGACGGCUACAAGAGCGUGAUUGACGCCGUAGGCGCUGCUCACAAGUAA